GCCCCCCGCCCCGGCCGGCGGCGGCGCCCCGCUCACCAUGGUGGCCGCGCGCGCCCCGCGCCCGCGCCUCGCCCGCCGCCGGGGCCGCAGCGCCGGCUGAGCGGCCCCCGCCCCGCCCCGCGCCCGCCGCGCCGCGGUCUAUGGCGCAGCCCCCCGCCCCGGAUCAUGCACAGAAACUCCCGCGAGUGGCUCUUCUACGUGUUCCUCUGCUUCGGCGUCCUCUACGUGAAGCUCGGGGAGCCGGGAGGCCGCCUUCACCUACGCCAUCACGGCGGCCGGCGUGGCGCACGCCGUCACGGCCGCCUGCAGCCAGGGCAACCUGAGCAACUGCGGCUGCGACCGCGAGAAGCAGGGCUUCUACAACCAGGCCGAGGGCUGGAAGUGGGGCGGCUGCUCGGCCGACGUGCGCUACGGCAUCGACUUCUCCCGCCGCUUCGUGGACGCGCGCGAGAUCAAGAAGAACGCGCGGCGCCUCAUGAACCUGCACAACAACGAGGCGGGCCGCAAGGUCCUGGAGGAGCGCAUGAAGCUGGAGUGCAAGUGCCACGGCGUGUCGGGCUCCUGCACCACCAAGACCUGCUGGACCACGCUGCCCAAGUUCCGCGAGGUGGGCCACCUGCUCAAGGAGAAGUACAGCGCGGCUGUGCAGGUGGAGGCGGUGCGCGCCAGCCGGCUGCGGCAGCCCACCUUCCUGCGCAUCAAGCAGCUGCGCAGCUACCAGAAGCCCAUGGAGACGGACCUGGUGUACAUCGAGAAGUCGCCCAACUACUGCGAGGAGGACGCGGCCACGGGCAGCGUGGGCACACAGGGCCGGCUGUGCAACCGCACCUCGCCCGGCGCCGACGGCUGCCACACCAUGUGCUGCGGCCGCGGCUACAACACGCACCAGUACACCCGCGUGUGGCAGUGCAACUGCAAGUUCCACUGGUGCUGCUUCGUCAAGUGCAACACGUGCAGCGAGCGCACCGAGGUCUUCACCUGCAAGUGAGGCCGCCGCCACGCCACCCGCCACGCCGGCCACGCCACGCUGCCCAGGCCACGCUGCCCCGGCCACGCUGGCCACGCCGCCCGCCACGCUGGACACGCCACGCUGAGGACAGUGGGGCUCCAGACGCAGGAGGAACCCCUGGGCCCAGCACCCUCUCCCCGCCCCGAGGCUCCUUCCUGCCGUUCCUUCGCUUCCUGUGGCAGAACAGCGCCUGUGGCCGGCCUAGGGCUGCCUCUCCUUUUCUCCGGAAAGCAAGCCUCAAGGACACACGUGCCCUGGAGGACAGAGAGACGCCAGGACUCCGCGUGUCCCCGGCCCGGCCUGGUGGGGUGAACACGGACAGGCCACGCCGGCCGGCUCCUGUGAGACUAUCUCAGCCAUCAGCUGCGGGCCCCCUGGCGUGGCCGGGCGGUCGUGGACAGAUUAUUUAUGUUUCCAUAGAACCAGAGGGGACUCGGCACAGGGCCAGCUGGUCCUAACCCCGCGCCCAGCAGCACAUGCCCUCUGCCCGGCUCCCCCCCAGCUUGCCCGGCUCUGCCCGGGACAGGCGGCUGUGGGCUCGGUGCCCGGUGAGCGGGCAGGGCGUGGGGACCAGACCGGCGGCAGCCCUGCACGGGGCCUCUGCUCCGGCUCUUAGAAAGAUCUUAGAAACCCCGUCACCCUGAUCACACUGUCCCCACAUCAGGUCCAGGCUGCGCCCCUCCCCGGCUGUGGCCCCAGCCCUCACCAGCCUGGCCCCUCGCAGUUUACAGAGCCCCUCGCACCCGGAGCCAGCGGGACCCCAGGCCAGCGCUGAGCGGGGUGCGGGGGACCGGGAGUCUUCAGGGCAUUGCCUCAUUGGACAGAGGGGGCCACAGAGGCCCCAGGACCCGAGUGGGGUGCCUGCCAUGCUUGGGUGUCCUGACCCACGGCCACGGCUCCCUGCCCCAGGGGACAAGCUCUGGGGACACCAGGCUGGGGUGAGGCACCCCCACGCCUGAGACAUCCGCUGCACCCUUCCUGCUGCCUCCCGGCUCUGCACCCCUGAGACGCCUUUGACAGUGUGUCCUUGCCCGUCCUGGCCUUUCCCCCGGACCCCGAUGCGGGGAAAGCUUGGGGCCAGGCAACCCUGUGCAGGGCCCACCUGACACCCCCCCAAUCCCGCACACGCAGGCCCUCCCUGCGGUCACUCACCCUGAAGCCUGGGAGACGGGAAGCGGGGGGAGGGGGUGUGGCUCAUUCUGAUCCCCGGGGGGCGGGAGAGACGAGAAACCGGGUCUCAGGCGUGUCCUCUGCCGACACUCCCACCUCCCAGGGGGACCGGGCUGCAGAGGUGACCGCUGGGAAGCCGGUGUGGGGACUGCGGGGCGCCCUCCUCUGCCCACCAUCACCCUAAAUCGGGUCAUUCGGGGUGGGUGGAGACGCGUCCGCGGGCGGCUGGCCGGCCCCGGGGGCUGGACAUUGGUCUGGGCCUGGCCUCCACCCCCGGUGCCCCCAGCGGUGGCAGGACACCCCUUAGCUGCUGUCCUGGAACCCUCCAGGCCAUGUCCCCGCCCGCCCCGCCCCCCCGGCCCCAGGACCCACGCCCACGCCGCCCUCUGCCGGGCACCUGGUUAACUUAUGUUGUGAUAUAGUGAGAUGUC